AUGGGUGUUGCCUCCCGUCGUGGAAAGUCCUUUCUUGCCAUUGCCGUCGCUGCCGCCGUGGCCGUUCUCGUCCUCGUCCUCGCUGCCGCCGACGUCGAUUCCAAGGAUAUCCUACGUGAUGUAUUGUCACGGCUGGAGUUCAAAGAAGCUGCGCGAAUGAGCAUACUGUCUCGUAAGUGGCGAGGGCUUUGGAGAUGCUACGAGAACCUGGUGUUCACUAGGGAGACGAUGUUCAGCAGCGGCAGCAAUGCAGUCAAGAACCGACAGAAGUUCAUCAGCAAUGUCAACAGUGUCUACGUUCUUGAGGCCCGUUUGGCCCCUGCUUCUCCGCCACUGCUCAGUUCUACCAUUCUGAAAAAGUUUGUGGUUAGAUUCAAGCUCCGCAAACGACAGACCCGCCAUGUUGACAGAUGGGUUAGCUUCUCUGCUAUGUCGAAGGCGAGGCACAUUGUCGUUGAUUUCUCUCAGGGGUCCUGGGGCGAUGACCAUGACAGCAGGUAUAUCUUUCCGCUGCAUAAUUUCAGCGGCUCCAAUGGCUCUUCUGUUAGAUCAUUGCGCCUCAUGUUUCUCUGCUUGAAUCCACCACCUGAUUUCUGUGGCUUCACAAAUCUCAAGAAGCUUAAGCUUGAUGCAGUGUCGAUCCCUGGACAUCUCCAGUGCCUGUUGCCAGAGUGUGCCGUUCUUGAGUGGUUAAGCAUCGUGCGCUGUACCCUGCGUGGCUUGCAAACGUCGCAGCCAUUGUAUCGGUUGCGCUACUUGCGCGUGCAACAUUGCAAUGGGAUGCAAAAGGUUGAGAUCCAAGCUCCAAACCUUGAUGUAUUCAAGUUUCACGACAGUCCGAAGCCAAUUGUGCUCAAUGGAUGCUUGGCCCUAGCAGAGGCGACUGUUGCGCUGCCAGCAUCGUCUGACUGUUUUAACUAUGCCUUCACAGAGCUUCCAUGUGGUAUCCCUCAUGUGCGGAAAUUCAACAUGGAACUUAUCAUGUGCGGAAACUCAACAUGGAACUUCUAA